AUGGCGGGCGACACAAAAGACCCCGAGGCUCCCGAGUCAAAACGGCCCUCAGGGAUGUCAGGUAGUGAUUACGCCUCGGUGUCAUCCAAUCCGGCUUUAAGAUCAACUUCUUCUGCACGAAGAACUUACGGAACCCUGGAUACCUCCUCCACUGAAGCAACAUCUGACGUACGCCACGAAGAGAACCAGGAGGACUCCAUGGGUCGCGCUUUCACCUCAUCCUCCACAGCUCCCGAUAGGCCUAGAAAGCCCUCGGUUACGCGCCGCAUGUCCUCGAAGCGCCAAAUACCCCACAAGGGACAAGAAUUUUCCACCGACGAUGAUCUUAAGGAAAUCGAAGAAGAUGCCCUCCAUCAAUCCACCCAGCCGUCACCGAGAAUUCGCCCCUUGCGUGCAACUUCCACCUUGAGGCGCCGUCCGAGUGCUCGACCCAGCCCGCUGAUCUGGGGUGAAUCGGAUAAUAUCAGUGUGGAUGAGACCGGCCUUCCGGAGCCGGGCUUAGAAGCCUCACUCGAGCUUCCAUCACUGCGGCAGUUGGAUGGCGGAAGCGAUCUCGACAGCGUAGACGAGGAUUCCCAUAAUGAUAAUCAUGAUGACAGCGACGAAGACGACGACGAGGAGGAUGUGUCUAGUGAUACCGAAAGCUUUACGCUCAAGGAUCGGCAGCAAGCUAUCAAUGAAACCCAUCCAUUCGGUAUUCGAAUCUGGAAGCCGGCUUUGUAUAAGAAAAGCCGAUCGGUGGAAAAAACGGCCGAGGGCGAUAUUCAUUCGUCUCCUGGGGGUCGUGUGAGUCCUAUGCUAUUCCUGACUAACAUCCUGUGGUCUUUAUGUUUUGGAUGGUGGCUUGCCUUGGUUUCUCUAAUGGCAGCGAUCGCAUGCUUUUUCUUUGCCUACUCCUCCAGUGCCCGAGCCUACGGAAGGGUUUUCUCGGGCUUAUCGCGCUACCUACUCUACCCAUUCGGCUCUUUCGUUCUUCUCCAAACAGAUGAGAUUUAUGCAGAAGAGGAUGAAGGUGAAGGCCGAAGCAUCAGCGAGUACGAGCAAUGGCAGAAUGGGGAUCUGGAACAUGGUCGACUAUUCUUCGGACCUCGUAGGGACCGAUCGCUUGUUGGGCGUCGACGGAAUAGCGUGGAUUCUGCUGGUGAGCAAGAUAGUCUGCUAGGACGGCCUCUGCGAGGAGAGCGAGAAGAUUCACAGUUUCACCACUCCAAGCGUCGUCUCUUCGGCCGCGGUGAAUGGACCACGGGCCGAGUUGUGUUCUUCAUAUUCUUCUACUUCUUAGUGGGACCCUUGACACUUAUGGUGUCGCUAAUUUGCUGGUUACUGGUCUUCUUUAUUCCAAUGGGCCGCGUGACACUGGUUCUGGUGAGCCACCUGCGGCGCCAUCCUCUUGCCUUGUCUUUUCACUCGGACACCUCAUAUUCACGACUUAGCUCUGGAUCUUCCUCGCCCUCCAUCCUCUUAUGUACCUACCGUGCUGCAGGAAGCAGGUACUGGAAAUACACUAUCGAUGGCACUAAUAUCUUCUUUAUUAAUCUGCUGAGUGUUGUCCUUUUUGUCAUACUUGACUACCAUUUCCUGGGCAACUUCCUAGGCAUAAAGACAUGGCUCACCCAUCCAGGGCUCAUCUUUACUCUGGCCUUAUUUUCGAUUAUUCCACUGGCCUAUUUCAUCGGUCAAGCUGUGGCUUCCAUCUCCGCCCAAUCAUCCAUGGGAUUAGGUGCCGCGAUUAAUGCAUUUUUCUCGACUGUGGUAGAAGUAUACCUCUACUGUGUUGCUUUAACAGAAGGCAAAGCCCAACUUGUGGAGGGAAGUAUCAUCGGAAGUAUAUUUGCCGGUAUCCUUUUCCUCCCCGGACUAUCAAUGUGUUUUGGCGCCAUCAAGCGUAAAACCCAGCGGUUCAAUGUCAAAUCCGCCGGUGUAACAUCAACAAUGCUACUAUUUGCUAUGAUUGCAGCCUUCGGACCCACUCUGUUCUAUCAGGUCUAUGGCAGUCACGAACUUAAUUGCCAUGCUUGUACAGCGACAUUCCAGGAUGCAUUCUACGAGAAAGCUGUUCAACCGUACGCAUGGGCUGCGGCUGGUUUCCUUUUCCUGUCGUACAUCAUUGGUCUUUGGUUCACCCUAAGAACCCACGCUGCUUUAAUCUGGGCCACCGAAAUUGAAGAAAAAGAGAAGAAGGCAGCUGCGGCUCAAGCUGCUCACGAUUCAGCAUCGUUUGAACCCAGACAUAUGCUCUUUUCAGGAUCGGCCGAGGCUUCCGGGGCACUAGCCAGCCGCAAAGACUCGAUCAGGGAAACUCAACUGUACAAGCGGAUUCUAGGACAAUCAUUAAGACAAGUCGGCCUAGAAGAUGAAAGUGGCAACAAUUGGGAGCAGUGUGAUAAUGUUUCGGAGAAUCGGAGCAGUAUACCUCAUCUAGUACCCCCAUCGAGCAGCGGCGACAAAGACCGCAAGAUUCCCAAGGCUAUCCACGGGCUUACUGGGGAAGACAACGAGCGUCUUGUACGACAAGUCACAGAGGUUGCAGCAACUGCAGCCGCAGUGGCGGCUCGCGAUGCCGCUCGAAGCCGCAAACCUGCUGGUCAACAAACUGCUGGGCGUCAUGCUGGUCGUGCCUUGGCAGAGCAAGCAAAACAAGCUCAAACCCAAGCCUUAGACGAAGUCGAGGACAUCGGUGUUGCUGUCGAAGCUAACCACACUGCUGGAGGUCAUGAUGCUCCAAAUUGGAGUAAAGCUAAGAGUUCCAUUAUUCUGCUUGGAGCAACCUUGCUGUACGCUAUUAUUGCAGAAAUUCUUGUCAACACGGUAGACGUGGUAUUGGAAAGCGUUGAUAUUGACGAAAAGUUCCUUGGUAUCACACUUUUUGCUCUGGUCCCCAACACCACUGAGUUCCUUAAUGCUAUUUCGUUCGCAAUGAACGGUAAUAUUGCCCUGUCCAUGGAGAUUGGUUCAGCGUACGCAUUGCAGGUCUGCCUACUGCAGGUGCCUGCUCUUGUUUUAUUCAGUGCCAUAUACACCAGUUCCAUGAUCCCAUCAGAGCUCGCAAAGCACUCUUUCAACCUCAUUUUCCCUCAAUGGGAUAUGAUUACCGUGAUCCUGUGUGUCUUCUUGCUUUCGUACGUAUACGGCGAAGGAAAGAGCAACUACUUCAAGGGUUCCGUCCUGGUCUUGACGUACCUGGUUGUUGUGCUCGGCUUUUAUCUGUCAGGUUAUAGCAAUAUGGACAAUAUGGGCGUGGACCGAUUUGACACGCUUGCUCUGGGCGCUAAUGGCCCCGAGAAGUUCUAUACAAUCGGUCACACUCGUGCAGGUAGGGCAUAUUAA